UUUACCGAGAGAAAGGAAGCGUCUCUUUGUCUCUCAUUUUCGGAACAAGGACACGCGAAUCGCCCCUGAUAUGCCGUUUUUUCUUUAAGACCGGAAGAAUGUCAAGCGCCCCCGCAGGAGGUGCUGCCGGCGGAGGAGGCGGUGGCGCUGUCGGGGGUGCCUUAAGCCUCAUGGGCUGCGUCAGGGAAGCCUCGCCACCACCCCAGGAUCACCAUCAUCUCAGCCUCGGGGAAUUUGCCAUGCAGCAACGCGCUGUCGAUACAUUACCGAAAGAACCUAAAAAAAGACGUUUCCAUCCGCUCCGAGGUCUGAGAAGAAUUUUCAGGCGAAAGAGUCGGGGAGCUGCGGACGCUCGACUCAGCUCACGGAACGGCGAACGGGACGGCGAUCUGAUAACGCGUGACCGCGAGGAAGUGACGCUUAGACAUCCAGCCGGACGUCCUGAGGAGGCGCGCAGUCGAAGUGCCAGUGAACUUCUCACAGAUUCGUGCGAUCGCGAGAGCAGACGCCUUGGCUGGCCAAGGAAAUAUCGAUUAGGAAUUUCCGUGAGGACGCAUAAGUCGUUUAAUAAUGUGUUCCUGAGGCGAAGCGGUGUGGAGGAAUCCUUCGCGAAGCUUCGUGGAGGCUCCGGUCAACUGUCCGUAUCUCACGACAGCGUUUUCCCCGGGGAAGUGCCUCACACGAGGCCCCUAUCCUCGCUGGAUCCUCUCGCGACUCUCGAACGACGACAAACCAAAGCAAGCGACGAAGGGGUGCACAAAGAUUAUGCCUCGCGGAUUCCACACGGCAACCGGAUAUCAUUGAGGGUGCUCGAGCAAAUAAAGACAGUUAUAGAGAACCGGAACCAACUGGCUUCAGCGACCUCCAACGAGUCCACUCACACUUCACAUGCAACCGGGGAACGUUAUCAGCAGGAAACCACCGAGAAUCGCUUCGCGCAUUUUGAGAAGCACGAAAAAAAUGUUGAGGAAACUUUCACCAGGGUAACCAGAAAUUCCGAGGAUGUGACUGACAGAGAAAACUUGACGCCGAAAGAGGAUUUGCCACAAUUGGAAUGCGCGAGUUUGAGUCAUACGGCGGCGCACCAUCGCAUAUCGGUGCGUCCGAAAAAUCGACGGCCACCACGACGCUCAACGACGACAAGCAACAUAUCGGGCUCGUCGAUAACAACGAUCAACGAGUCUUUGGACGCUCCGGACAGCUUGGAGGUGUCAUCGUCGAACAGUGCGAGCUCACCGAUCGAGAUAAAGGGUAGCAACGGUUUGAGAAAAUCGUCGAUACGUUUGUCCCGAAAUUCGGACAUAUUUGAAGAGCUGGAAGCGAAAUUACCGACGAAAAAACCAGUGAGCAUGGCUUCGUUGUCACCGGAUAGUUUGGAUUCGAUGAUGGCGAUAGGCCGGAACAGCCAAGAGAUGUUAACGGAGCCGGAGGAGACUCGAGAGAUAAAGCCAGUGGUGAGAAAAGCGUCGAACAGAGUAUCAAAAGGCUCGGACGUGUACGAAGAGUUGGAGGCGAAGUUACCUCGGCGUAGAUCGUCGAGUAGUCGAUUAUCGAAAUCGCCGGAUAGUUUGGAGAGCGGCUCGCCAGCUUCUUUCUCAAAAUCGAGCGAGGGCUUUGAGAAGCUAAUGGAACACGAGGAAUCGCGGUCGUCGCGUAAAUUGCACAAUUCGAUAUCAAAAUCGAGCGACGGUUUUGAAAAACUGACGGAAAACGUCGUCGAGCUUCGUCCGUCAUCGCGCAGGCUUCACGCUCACCAACAAAUCUCCAAAUCCAUCGAGGGCUUCGACAAAUUAAUCGAAGACGAAGAAAUCCGCAUGCCUGUCAGACGAUUCUCAAACGUCGUGACGAGCAAAUCAAAUGAAAAUUCGUUACGAUGCUCCGACAGCUUGGACGCGAUCGAAACGAUGGGAACGAUCCCGAGCGACGAUUCGAUCGAACGACGUCGAAGCAGCUUCGAACUCAGGCCACGAAAAUCACCCCCGAAACUCAUGUCAAUGUCCUCCGAAAAUUUCGAAGCUCUCGAACACCAUGCACGCGAUGAAUUUGAAAUGCGAGCCGAAUUGAAAAAACGCAGCAGUAUUUCCGACGUUAAUUUAUCCCGGGGCAGAAGAUACUCAAAAAUUAUGUCGAAAUCCACCGAGAGCUUCGAUGCCAUGGAAACCAUUUGUAAACAAGAUGAAUCCAACAGAACGAGCAUCGAUUUGGAAAAAAAUGGAUGGCGCAAUUCCAAACGAACUACUUUCUCCUCCGAAAGCUCCGACAAUCUCGAACUCGAUGAUCGACUCGAAAACCGCCGAGCUCGGAGACCGCCCAAAAGAGUACCGAGCACCAGUAUCGUUGAUAUAUUUCCGUUGGACAAUUCGAACGAGGAUGAACGACGAUCCACUCCCAUGAGAAAACCACCGCGGUUACAAAAAUCUUCGGAAAGCUCCGAACUCGGUAGUACCGACACUCUCGACUCCGAGAAAAGAAACAAAUCUUCCGACAGCACCGAGACCCUUGACAGCCUCGAAAAAGAUAUUGAACAAGAUCCAAGAGACGAGGAAAUCCCUGAUAAUUUACAGGACAAACGUGACACGAACGACUCCUGGUCAGCGAAUCCAACGGAAAUGGAAUCAGCGAACGGAGACGAGGAAUCGAACAGAGCGUUGGUAUCGCCGGAGAAAACGUAUUGGCGUCAAACGUCAGAUUCGAAAGAGAAUUUCGACAUAAAUCAGUUGUUGGCAAUAACGAUAGUGACCCGUAUGUCUGACAACGGGAACAAUCAGCGUAACAAUUCAGCUGCGUAUCCAAAGAAGAAGCAGCAGCAGUUGACGUCGCCGCCGAGUUCGCCGGUCGUUCAGCAGGAGGACAACAAAAUGAUGUUCAACAAUUUGUUGGCGAGUAAGAACGACGAAGAUCUGCAAAACAUGUUGAACGGCAACAUAUCGGAAGUUUCAACGGACACGAAGAGCUUUAAAGAGAAAUUGAUAAUGUUUGAAAAACUGGGCAAAUGAACAAGAGGAAUACGAUCGAAUCGGAAAAGUUCGUUGCGAGAUUAUUUCGCUGUUUUCUUUCAUGUUUUUCGUUUCGCCGCUUCGAUGUAGGAAUAAUAGCCCAGCGCAUUUUCUAGCUCGUUACAAAUGAGAGUCAAGAAGAGUAGAAAGUGCUGAAACGAUGAAUAUCAUCGAACAAUCGAAUCGGAAAAGCAACGAGAAAAAGGCCCACACGCCAGUUUCUUCUUUCUGCAGAAGUCUCACGCGUACCGGGCUUCAACCGUUCGUUAUAUACUACACAUGUAUAUACACGUAUAAGAAAGCUUCGAGUUAACCGAGUGAACCCGAUAGACCAGAGAUCUGCCAAAUAUGGCGGAUGUAUAUGAAGAGAAAAUAAAACCAGAUCCGCGUUAAAUAUAUAUAUAUACAAAUACAAAUACGACGAUGUAUUCGCCUUUAUUUCGUGCCGAGCGCGAAUGUUCGUUUCAUUUCUUCUCAAAGGGAGCAAAUUUUUCAUCACGUGUUUUUGUAUUGUUUUUCUUUUAAGUUUUUUUUCGAAAAAUAAAAACAUUUUUACUUAAAGGCAAAAGACGAAAUAAACGAUUGUGAAAAGAUGGAUAUUACACGUGUACAAACUUCUGCCCCGACUUAAUUUAUGCCUUGUUGUUGAGAAAACGUAAAUGUUGAUGAAAUCUCACGAGAUUCGCGAAACUAGAUUUAUCCUAGCGCCCUAAACUUUAUUUAAGUGCCUUUUAUCUUGUUCACCGUCGUUUUGUCGUUCAAUGUUUAUAAUUUCUUCCUCUUUUUUUUCCAUCUCUGUGAUUUUUUGCUCGAACUGUUGAAACGAUCGUAGAAUCAUUACUCCUAAUGUUUCGUUCUCUCUUAUUUUUAUUCACCACAAUGCUCGUACCAAAUCCGGCGACUCUUCGUCAGGAUCACAAAAGUGAAUUUUUUGAGAAUAUUUGACUGCACAGCUAUGUUCAAAUAAUCGUACGUGACGUAAUUGUAUCCAUUUUUUGAAUGUAAAUAAAUUUGGAAUGAAAAAAGCCAGAAGGUGAGACGUUGGAGGAAAAACGGAAAUGAAGAAUCAACGACUGCAUCGAAAAAAACGAUCGUCGCAGCAUUAUCUCUCUAUGUGUAUUCGACAUCCCCUACGUAACGGAGACUAACAAUAGUAACGGCAAAAUAAAAAGAAAAAACAAGUAUAUACGUAAGUCGUGAAAGAUAUGCGUAGUUAGAGAACUUUGUUCGAUCGAAAAGAAACUUAAGAGAUCAAUAAAAUCAUCAUACUAGGGUUAAUAUAUAAAUGUAUAUGAAAAUAAUGAAAAACAAGUUUUGCCUCGUCUCUUUGUAAAUAAAAUCUUCAGUACUAUCUACA